UUCAAAAUCCCGUUUUUUAAAAAUCAUGUUUAACGCUAAAAAAUAAUGAGUGAAUUCAUAACGAUCCAAGUUGGACAAUGUGGAAAUCAAAUUGGAAAUGCAUUAUGGCCAUUAAUUUUGGAUGAAUAUGGUAUUAGUCAAGUUCCUGAUGGUAUUCAUCGUGAUAAAUAUAAUGAUAAAUCGGAUUUUACAAUCAACGAUGGGUUUCAUAGCUUUUUUCAUGUACCCGAAAACGCUAAAGUUCGUGGAUUUAAGACAUUUAGUGACUUGAAACAAGCAAAAGUGAAAGCACGAGCAAUUUUAAUUGACAUGGAAGAAGGGAUCGUAAAUAAAUAUCGAACAGGACCUAUGCGUGGAAUAUUUAGUAAUCAAAAUAUCAUAACAAAUUAUCCUGGAUCUGGAAAUAAUUGGGCUGAAGGUUUCUACGAACAUGGACAAAAAUACGAAAACGAUAUUUUAACGGCGGUACAAAGUUCACUGGAGAAAUGUGAUAGCUUACACGGAUUUUUAUUGCUAUUUUCUUUAGGAGGCGGUACUGGGUCUGGUUUAGGCACGGCAACGCUUAAAUUACUUGCGGAUAAUUAUCCAUUAAUUGAUAGGUUUGUAUGCGCCGUAUACCCAUCUGGUACUGAAGACGUGAUAAUAGCCCCGUAUAAUGUAGCAUUAUCCACAAGUAAAUUGAUACAAUAUGCAUCGUGUGUAUUUCCUGUUGAAAAUCGACAAUUAAUCGAUAUUCUUAAUUUAUUACAAAAUUAUCGAUCGAAAGAAACAUUACGAUAUAUGGCGAAUUGUAAACCGUUUCAAGAUAUGAAUAGUAUUAUCGUCAAUAUGUUACUACAUUUAACCAGUGGAUCACGGUUUCCAGGAGCGUUAAACUUGGAUAUGAGUGAUCUUGUUACGAAUAUGGUGCCAUAUCCUAGACUACAUUAUCUAAGUACCAGCUAUUUUCCACAUACUUUAGCCGCAAUGAAAUCAUCAGCUUCAUCUAAUCGACAAUUUUUAGAAAAUAUGUACAACGGUAUCACAUCACAUCGAAAUCAACUUGUCAAAUUAACGCCACUAGAUAAACAAUUAAAAUUAAUCGGCGCAACAAUACAAGGACGUGGUGCAAUUACAAUCACUGAUUUGCGUUAUGUUGUUCGAAAAUUACAACUAAAAGGACAAUUUACACCAUGGAGUAAAACAGCAAUUAAAUUAGGUUUAUGUUCAAUACCACCAACGGGUCAUGAUUAUUCUCUGUUUGGUAUUUUUAAUACAACCGCUAUGCAAACAUUGUAUGAGAAUGUUUUGACACAAUUUACGAAACUUUAUAAACGAAAAGCGCAUGUACAUCAUUACUGUAAAAUCGAUGGUUUUGAACAUGAACAAUUUAAACACUGUCCUGAAAUUAUUGAAUCAUGUAUUGAGGAUUAUAAAAGUAUUGCAACAAUGACUCCAAGAAACUCCAUAUUGUCUACAUCACGCUACGAAAUAUUAUAAUAAGAGAUUUAAAAAAAAAUAGAAACUCAACAUAUUUAUCAUAAAAUUAUAAUAUAAAAAAAAAAGCCAGCCAUCUCUUCAUUGAUGAUCCGUUUACCAUAAAUUGAACGCACAUUUUCA